CACGGCCUCUGCGUCAUUACUCAUCGUUAAAAUGUGCAGAAGCCCACGGAAAAGACGACGAAAUCCCGUAUUCCGGACCGGUUUAACCUAUCACAGCGGAGGGCUAAUUAGACAGACACCAGACGAUUAAAGAACAGACACUCAGGGAAAGCGUCUUUUAACGAUUCGACCACAAGCUCGGGCUUCUUCACGAACUGUUUGACAAUACUGAGCAACACUGUCGGUCGUUAGAUCAUGUGUUAACGUAACUGUGAAGUGUCCCACAUUUAAAGAUCAAAUUCACUUCAGCGCUCAGAACACCUGGUCUUAUCGACUGAACAAACCGGCCUUUUAAAUCCACUGCCUUCGGGAAUGGGGCUGCUGUUCGCCAAACUGAUGACUGUGUUCGGAGACAGAGAACACAAAGUAAUUAUUGUCGGUUUGGACAAUGCCGGGAAGACCACUAUCCUCUACCAGUUUUUAACAAAAGAAGCCGUGCAGACAUCUCCCACAAUCGGCAGCAAUGUAGAGGAAAUAGCAGUAAAGAAAACACGCUUCCUCGUCUGGGACAUUGGUGGUCAGGAGAGUCUCAGAGCUACCUGGAACUCGUAUUACUGUAAUACAGAGAUUGUCAUCCUGGUUGUUGAUAGCACUGAUCGAGAACGCCUGACUGUAACUAAAGAGGAACUUCAUCGCAUGCUUGCACAUGAGGAACUGCAGAACGCAUCAGUGCUGGUUUUGGCGAAUAAGCAGGACAUGAAGAACAGCAUGUCUGCUGCAGAGAUCUCUCAGAGUCUGACUCUCGGCUCACUCAAUGCUCGCUCCUGGCAUGUCCAGGCCUGCUGCGCACUCACUGGAGAAGGUUUACCAGCCAGUCUAGACUGGAUGCGCUCCCGUGUUGUGGCGAAUUAGACCAGCAACAGUGCUUCUCAAACCUCUGGAACUGCUGAAAGAGAGAUAAGGCCGACUUAAGACUUUGAUCCAGCUAUCAGUGCCUCUGUCUGAGUUAUCUUAAAAUACUGAAUCCUGGAGGAACGCACUUCAUCCACUUACUCUGGAUACCAGAACAAGUCUGGAGACUCUCUCUCUGUGUGUGUGUGUGUGUGUGUGUGUGUAUAAACAUUUGUGUUUGUACAUGAUGUGACUCCGUUCUAGAGGUCCACGUGUUUACAUUACAGACUUCUGAAAUGAUCUGACCUGAUCAUGAUGUCGGUGCCACUGUAUUGACCUCUGGAUGUGCUGAGGGCUCUGCUUCUCACGUGGAGUUGCUGUCCACAGGCAUCCAUCUGAAAGGGGUGGGGUGAUGGUUCACAUGCCCGUACUGAUUCAUGAUGAGCCACUAAGCUAUUGAACAAGCAUUACUUGAAGUAUUUAAAAGGAAUUGAUUUGUGUAUGUUGUGCAGAUGUGUGCAUGCAGAAUGGAACAUGUGUUCAAGUACUUUAUUUUUGAAAGUAGACUGGAUGUUCAUAGUGUUUUCUUAUAUAAUUUUGUACAAAAAAGUUUUGUACAAAUAAAAAUCUACUAAAAACA